CCCAGAUUCACCGUCUCUUUCACCACUUAAAAAAAGCAUCCUAUAAAACUUGUGCCCAAUUUGACACAGACUUUCAUUCAACAAGUUGCUCAGCAAAUACGCAAUAAUUCAAUUGGGAUCUUGAGGAGAAAAGAGAGAAGGAGAUUAGAUCAGAAGAGAGAAGGAGAAAAUCUCCAGAAAAUGGAAAAAUCAGCAGCGAUUUUCGAAACCGAUUUGAAUCUGAAAGCAACUGAGCUGAGAUUAGGGCUGCCUGGAAGAGAAGAUGAAUCUGAGGAACAGUCUUCUUCUUGUCUGAAGAAUAUUAACAAGAGGCCUUCUUCAGAGAUGGAUCAUAGUCCGAGGAAAGAAGAUAUAAAGAAGGAAUCUGCUGCUCCAGCUCCAAAGGCACAAGUGGUUGGGUGGCCACCAGUUAGAUCUUACAGAAAGAAUGUGCUGAAAAAACCUGAACCCGGAUCCGAUGGAUCUGGUAUGUUUGUGAAGGUGAGCAUGGAUGGAGCUCCAUACCUAAGAAAGAUUGAUCUCAAGUUCUACAAAAACUACUUUGAUCUUCUCAAGGCCUUAGAGAGCAUGUUCAAGUGUACCAUAGGGGUUUACUCAGAGAGAGAAGGGUAUAAUGGAUCUGAAUUUGUACCAACUUAUGAAGAUAAAGAUGGAGACUGGAUGCUAGUUGGAGAUGUGCCAUGGGAUAUGUUCAUUAGUUCUUGCAAGAGGCUGAGGAUUAUGAAAGGGUCUGAAGCUAAAGGAUUAGGUCGCCUGUAGAUAUAUGCUCACACCAUGUCUUUUUUUUUUUUCUUUUUCUUUUAUUCCCAAGAAAAAUCAGACAGAAUUCAGGCAGACAAACAGAGAGAUUUUGAAGUAACAAGUGUGUGUUUGUGAACAUCGUUUUUGUACAAAUGAUAAGCAAAUCUUUUGUACUUUCUUCCACCUUUGUGUUCCUUUUCUCCAUUUUCUGCAUCUCUCAUGGGAAAAUGCAGUGUUUUUCCCAAGUAAACAUGUGAUGCUGGUAAUUAGUUAGUAUAUACGUUAUUUUGUGAAGGUAAAAGCCAUAUCUAAAUAGAUAAGGGCAUACACUUGAAGAUUUUUAGAACAUCAUCC